CAAAUCCAUGGAAUGUAGCACCCCGCAACAUUAUCGAAGAGUUUCGUUCACAAUCCCUCCUCAAAGUAAGCGAGAUAUUCGAUGAGCAGGAUCUACUAGACUCUGUCCUCUGUCGUGCUUCUCUUUUACUUUCUUUCAACCAGGAAGUUCCAUGUUCACUUCCAUUUCUUAUGCAUGCUAGCAAUCUCGGCAAUCAGAGGUUUACCAAAAGCUGGAUCACAGGUGGUCUUUGUGAAAUAAAAUAUCCAAGCCUGGUCCUGUCUUUAAGUCGGAAUUACAUUUUUGCAUUCACAAAAAAAAACAUAUUUAAUCAGUAUAUUAGAUACACAACAGCUCAGGCAAAGAAGGCUGAAGACGACUAUGACUACCCUGAUGAUUUGCCCUUGGUCGUCUUAAAUAGGCGCAAAGCGCUGGUAGACCCCAUGGCAGCACCCGAGCUACGUUUGUCAUCGUCAGUAUUUGGGCAGUUGUUUGAUGAGUUACACUUUCUCGAAGCGCCGCUGUUGCGGAUGGGCUACAUGCAUCCUAUGGACGAUGGGCAGGAACGCACAUUUAAGGUUAAAUUCGAUGGGGAAGGUGUAGACGACUAUGGUGGUCCAUAUCGUGAAGUAUUUGCCCAGAUACCAUCUGAGUUGCAAGCAUUCAAGUGCUCUCCAGACAGCAGUAGAACUACGUGUUACCUUCCGGUGUUCCAGCCAACGCCAAAUACUGCCAGUGACACUGAGUUGGAUGUUCCAAAGUUCAUUCUACGUCCUCAGUACACUGCCCCAAUGUAUUUGGAGUUGUGUAACUUCCUGGGACAAUUAGUUGGUAUCGCUUUGCGCUCCAAGGCACUGAUGCCACUCGAAUUCCCCCCCAUCAUCUGGAAGGUGCUAGUCGGCGAAGAUGCAAAUGCACAUGAUCUGGCAAGUUUUGAUCGCGAUGCCCUCAUGAUGUUAAAAAGAAUAAGUGAUAUUUAUGAGGCAUGGUGCAAAGAUGACAUACGCCCGCGAGAAACGCCAGCUGAUCCUAGUGCUGGCUUCUUUUGGGUUUCAAAUCUCAGCGAUGGCACUAGUGUAGAGCUGCACCCCAGCGGAAGUUCCGAACUUGUGAAUAUGUCUGAUAUUCCUCUCUUUCUUAAAGUAUCGAGCGAGUGUCGUUUGCAGGAGAGUAAGUUUGCUAUGCUCGCAAUGCGGACCGGGCUUUCAUGUGUGAUCCCGCCUUGCGUGUUACAGCUUCUGAGCUGGGCGGAGCUCGAAAAAAAAGUGUGUGGAACUCCAGGAAUAGACAUAGAACUGCUCAAACAAAACACAGAAUAUGAUGACGAUAUUCAACCUAAUGACAACCACAUAACAUUGUUCUGGGAUGCGCUCCGUUCAUUUACUGGCCAUGAGCGUUCUAUUUUUUUACGCUUUGUUUGGGCGCGCACCCGGCUGCCGCCUACCCAAAUGGAGUUCACCCAAAAGUUUAAGAUACAGGCUGCCAUAGGCGACGGUCCACGAGAGAGCCCAAAUAAAUAUCUCCCCAAAGCCCAUACUUGCUUCUUCUCAUUGAACUUGCCGAAGUACUCGUCCCAUGAGGUUAUGGUAAGUAAGCUGCGGUAUGCCAUGUUCAAUUGCAUCGAGAUGGACGCCGAUUUCAAAUUAACAGACACAGAGCUUGCGGCUUGGUCAUAGUCCCUCCCCCAAAGAUACAAGAUUACCCAUCGGCAAAUUGUCCGAGCAGCAGGCCCCGCGGCCGGGGUAGCGGGUAGUAGUUGAUGUGCCGGUGGUAGGGUGCGAACCGCCCGGGCUGGGCCGCAGUGGGACCUGGGCUUUAAAGCCGGCGGCAUG